UAAAACCUACUGUUUAUUUCCACUGCAUUCCUUCCCUCACCCCAUGCGUAUCUGAAUAUCUGUGUGCACUUGAGUGUAGUUUCUAUGAAAGCUUGUUACACUUUAGUGAGGUGCGUGUGCAGCGGCAGCGACAGAUGGUGGGCUCCACAUCCCUCGGGAAGGCAAUCUCUACGAAUGCGAGCGCGUGUCAAUCACCCGCUCUCAUGUGAUGGCUCCUGCCAGUGACGUGCCCACCAUAUGGCCUGGCAUCAGAGCAGGUAUGUAACCCUUCCUGCUAGGGAUGCCACACCGCCUCGCUGCAGUCCGGAAAAGGAUAACGCAUACCGGAUCACAGACAAUCGCGCCUGUCUUUUUCUUAGUCUCCGAAAGCAUGAAGAUGAUGUAGACGUACGCGCCUUCACCCGUUGAGCACCAUAAACUAGUGGCUCCGCCAUGUUGACAAGAUUAUUCAACGAACCUUCACUGCUUCCGGACAUGGAGAAGUUCGGCGGCUGGGUGGAUGACAGCGGGAGCGAGUGCUCCAAAACCAAGGACGAAGAGCAGGAGCGCUGUCGCCUAGGCGACGAGGACUUGGACGAUUUGAAAGGCGGGAGCAGCCGGGAUCAGUCGGAAAUUGCAGGGGAGGAGGACGAUGAUGAGGAUGUUGAUGAAGAUGAUUGUGGAGAUGAGGGGGACGGAGACAGACCUAAAAAACGUGGGCCAAAAAAACGCAAAAUGACGCCGGCUAGGUUAGAGCGCUCGAAAGUAAGGCGCCAAAAAGCGAACGCAAGAGAACGCACGCGCAUGCACGAUCUAAAUUCAGCACUUGACAAUCUACGCAAGGUAGUACCUUGCUAUUCAAAAACUCAAAAACUCUCUAAAAUUGAAACAUUACGGUUGGCGAAAAACUACAUUUGGGCGCUGUCAGAAAUCCUGCGCAAUGGGAAGAGACCGGACGUGGUAUCGUAUGUACAGACACUGUGCAAAGGCCUCUCCCAACCCACGACCAAUCUGGUGGCUGGGUGCCUCCAACUUAACUCAAGGAAUUUUCUAACGGAACAAUGUCAAGAGGGAGCGCGCUUUCACUUGCCCACCCCUUCAUUCUCCAUGCACGCAUAUCCAUAUCAAUGCUCUCGUCUAUCAAGUACACAUUGUCAGUCCGGGUCCAAUGCACAUAGCCUCCGAAAUCACUCUUUCUGUUCGGCCUAUGAGGCACUGUACACCGAAGGCACGUCCCCAGAAUAUAACAGUCCAGAUUACGAGGGCCACCACAGCCCUCCGGUGUGUGUGAAUGGUAACUUUGCACUGAGACAACAGGAGCCACUCUCGCCAGAGGCGGAAAGAGGUUAUCAAUAUUCUAUGCAUUACACCAGUCUGCAUGGCUCACGUUCUUCCACUGCUCAUGGUCUUGCUUACGCCCCAUCAGGUGCUCGCAGUGGCAGCGCGCACUCAGAGAACCUUCCACCGUUUCAUGAUGUACACGUGCACCACGAUCGGGCGCCUGCAUACGAAGAACUGAACGCCUUUUUCCACAAUUAGGGGAUUUUCCCUGCUAAUGCCCAUUUGGGAGGAGAGGGAGGGGACCGAGGAAAAGUGAAAUACAAUUCCACAUUCAAAACAUUAACUAAUUUAAGUUUCGCUACUGUUCUCUUGAACCAGUUUUUUUUUUGUUUUUGUUUUUUACAUUACUGGACAGUAAUUUUGUUUUUACAGUUUACAUAAUGACAAAAUGUAUAUAAAAGAGGUCAGGACAUGAAUCCAAAUGCUAAAACACAUUUUACCAAGUUGUAGUUCUAUUUAUGAUUGAUUAAAAUGUUUGAACCGUAACGAGUCUCUAAUGUAAUGACAAGAAGAAGAAAUGAUAAAUGAACUAAAUUGUUAAAUUAAGUCUGUUUCUUGAUCAAACAAAUAAAGCAUAUUGUUCCAGUAUUA